AUGUUAUCUCAAAACGUGAAAGAUAUUCUAACAGUUCUUGCCUUAACAACGAUUCUCUUUAUAAUUUUCAUCCCAAUUUUCUGUUUGGCUCAACAACCGACACUUGUCAAAGGCACAAAAAUAGACGUUGAUCCAAAUUUGGCCAGCAAUUUGAACACGAUUUUGGAUUGGAGCGAUCGAAGUGUUGUAUUUCUGAGUCUCUUAACGACCCCGUUGGCCAUGUAUUACUCAGCGACGAACGAUCGAUUGACGUUGCCGAUUCGAGUGCUCGCGACAGCGGAGAAUUUCACCAAAUUUCUAUUCGCAAUUUUCUAUACACUUAAUCAGUUCUGUUCCAAGACGAUCUCAUCGAUUGGAUGUUCUGUCGGUUUAAAAGCCCUGCCCGAUUACUUUUUCGAUGGAAACCUCAAUGGACCAAACCGUCCUUUGAUCGUUAACGGUUUCUAUUCGUACUUCACUCCCACGUUGAUCAUGUUACCCUAUUUUAUGGCCUGUUCUCUCGAUUUUGUUAACAAUAAAAAUAUGAGAAAGUUGAAGAAAAGCGGGAGAGCCACUCGGACAGAGAGUUUAUUGAUGAUACAGAUGAUCGCCAGUUCAGUUCUUGCCCUUUGGAACACACUGAUCGCCUUCUCCCUUCAAUUACUUUUCUCCCUAUUCUUCGGUCGAAACUUCCUCUCCGUUCUCAUUUCAUUCUUCAAUUUUAUGCGUGCUUUACUCUUCUAUUUGGUUGAAAGCAUAAUCACUAUCCUCCUUCUACGUAAACCGAGGGAAAAGGCGAGAACGAUGAGUCUCUUUACGGCGAAUUUUGCUCAGAAACACCCAAAAAGAGCCAGCAUUCUGAGCAGUUCUGGG